CAUUGCUUGGGGACAAGUUGAAAAACAAGAUUGGAUUGAAAAAAUUGGUAUUUGAGGGAUUGAAAAGGUGUUCUGUUCAAAAUCUUGACAAGGAAGUUUCUGAAGAAAAGAAAGGAAAAGGACAAAGCUAAAUGGCUCAGCUUCAGAAAGCUUUUUGCAUGGGAAAGUAGCUGAUAUUGUCUGUUGCUGAGGCAGCGAGCGAGCGAGAGAGCUUCUUAGAGCUUGGUUGAAAGAGGAGUAGAGGAGAUUCCCCUGCAUCAAGCUGCAAAAUGCCACCAGUUCCUCUUGCGCCAUAUCCAACUCCUCCGCCGCCUUAUACUCCACCUGCUAAUACCGCACAGAGCCAGCUUGUGUGUUCCGGAUGUAGAAACCUUUUGCUUUAUCCUGUUGGGGCAACCUCUGUUUGCUGUGCAGUUUGUAAUGCAGUUACCGCUGUUCCGCCGCCCGGCACAGAAAUGGCACAACUGGUGUGUGGAGGCUGCCAUACUCUUCUCAUGUACAUUCAUGGUGCUACCAGCGUGCAAUGUUCUUGUUGUCACACCGUCAACUUAGCUUUGGAAGCGAAUCAGGUGGCGCAUGUGAGCUGUGGGAACUGCCGGAUGCUACUGAUGUAUCAGUAUGGAGCACGUUCCGUGAAAUGUGCAGUAUGCAACUUUGUGACAUCAGUUGGGAUGUCGACAAGCGCAGUCGAUCAAAAAGCCUAACAGCUAAAGUUAUGGUAAACAUGGUUGUCCCCGACUCGACAACUGCGGCUUUGCAUCAUUCGUAUCGCCCUCCGCCAUGUUUGAUCAACUCGACAAGCGGAGGUUCCUCUCAUAUUCACUUGUAUAGAGCUGUAUUUCUGCGCGUGAACAUUAAAUGUCGUUUUUUUUUCUUCAUCUUCACAGUGCUUGAAUGAUAUUUGCAUGGUUUAAGUAGUUUUGGGCAACAUUUUAUACUGUGAUGAGUGUAAUAUAAGUGAUGGAUAAAGAUGGAGUUUGGUUUCUUUGUGAACUGCAGAAGAGAGUCAAUAUGAGAUAUCAGCUUUUUGACUUG